AUCUAGUCAAGCCUUAUCGGUAACACCGAGAUUAAUCCUUACUCAUUGAACACGAGAAGUUGUGUUCUGAAACGCUUCUCAUUCAAUCACUUGCUUCCAAAAUGCGAGAAAUCAUUCAUUGUCAAGUGGGUCAAUGUGGGAACCAAAUUGGAUCCAGGUUUUGGGAACUGAUCGCAGCCGAGCAUGGGAUCGAGGCCAAUGGGAAGUUCGAUCCCACUGGAGGAGAGGAUCGAUUGGGUCGAAGUGAGGUCUAUUUCAGCCAGGGCAUGGCGGGCAAUUAUGUUCCAAGAGCCUGCUUGAUUGACCUGGAACCUGGAACCAUGGAUGCCAUCCGAAGCAGUCCCUACGGUCAGAUGUUCCGCCCGGAUAAUUUCGUUUUCGGCCAAAACGGUGCAGGCAACAAUUGGGCUAAAGGCCAUUAUACCGAAGGAGCCGAGUUAGUGGACCAAGUACUAGAUGUGGUCCGAAGAGAGGCUGAGUCGUGCGAUUCUCUGCAAGGGUUCCAAGUUACCCAAUCCUUGGGGGGAGGAACUGGAUCAGGAUUGGGAACGUUGUUGCUUUGUAAGAUCAAAGAGGAAUAUCCAGAUCGAAUUAUGAGUACUUACAGUAUUGUCCCAUCACCCAAGGUCUCGGAGGUUGUUGUAGAGCCUUACAAUGCGGUUCUGUCGACUCAUCAAUUGGUCGAGAAUUCUGACAUGACUUUUUGUUUCGACAAUGAGGCACUCUAUGACAUUUGCUUCAAGACCUUGCGACUCAAAUCCCCUAGCUAUAACGAUUUGAACCAUCUUGUAUCGUACACCAUGUCUGGGGUGACGACUUGUCUUCGUUACCCGGGACAACUCAAUGCCGACAUGAGAAAAUUGGCUGUCAACAUGGUUCCAUUUCCCAGACUGCACUUUUUUGUUCCUGGAUUUGCUCCAUUGACCUCAAGAGGCAGCAGUCAAUAUCGGAGUCUCUCCGUUGCCGAUCUUAAAACACAGAUGUUCUCCCCCUCCAAUAUGAUGACGGCUUGCAAUCCGUUUAAUGGACGAUAUCUUACCGUGGCUGCCAUCUUUAGAGGCUUGAUGUCCAUGAAAGAAGUUGAGGACGAGAUGUUCCAACAUCAAACCAAAACAAGCAGCAACUUUGUCGAGUGGAUUCCAAACAAUGUGAAAACGGCCGUUUGUAAUAUUCCUCCCAAGGGACUCACAAUGUCCGGAACUUUCAUUGGCAAUACAACGGCCAUUCAGGACAUCUUCAAGCGAAUUUCGGAACAAUUUACCGUUAUGUUUAGAAGAAGGGCAUUUUUGCAUUGGUUUACCGGCGAGGGCAUGGACGAAAUGGAGUUCACAGAGGCCGAAUCCAACAUGAACGAUUUGAUUGCCGAGUAUCAGCAAUAUCAGGAUGCGGAAGCCUAUGAGGAAGAGUAUUUGGAGGAUGUGGAAGAGGAUCCUCGAGAAGAAUAUGCCAGCUCCACCGAUCAAGAAGUUUUGCAGCAAUAGAUCAACGCCAUUUGAAGUGAUUGGUAAAAUAAUGCACAUAACAAAGGACAAAUUGAAUGACCAUUUAAGAAACAUAUGUGUAAUAAAAAAGUUUAUGACACACAAUCAAAUUGGCCGGUCUUUACAAAUACCAAGUAUCAUCUACAUUUGCCAUUUUGGUUGUUGACUUGUGAUGUCAAGGUCUUUCUUUUUA